AUGGCGGAUCAGCAGGAUAACGCACCGGUGGUGCGCACGUCCGGCGUCGGCCACAGGGGCUACGGAGACGGGGACGGGAUGGGCCUGGCCCUCCUCCCCGGCAUCUCGUUACCCGGGCAGAACGAACUAGCCGUCGCGCCCGGGGAAACCGGGGGGCUCAUCGAGAGCGCGGACCUCGACCAGGAGAACGAUCUCGUGGCGUGGCACAUCCGGAAGAUCAAGGAGCGGCAGGAAAACGUGACCGCCGCGGACGAGCUCGCCAAGUCCCUGACUGAGAAGAUCGUCGAGGCGGCGACCGGGGACGCCGGUAAAUCCCUCGGACCCGCCCCGGACGAGGAGGCGCUGCGGAAACCCCUCACGUUCGGCCCCACGUUCCACGAUAUCGCGCUCAGACACUACAGGGACACCCCCGCACCCGCGCCGGAGGCGGCGGAUGCCGAGCGCGAGGGCCGACCGCGGAAGCGCAAGAGCCGAUGGGACACGGACGAGAAGGAUGACAAACCCACGGUGGGAAGCGCGCUCGCGGUGGUGAGCGGAGGCCAAGCCGCGAUCAAGGCGCACCUCGCGAGCAUAGCCGCCAAGCUUCAGGGCGGACCCGCCGACGGCGCGUACGGCGUCGGCGCCGCGGACGGGGGACCCACGCCCGCGGAGAGCGACGACCCGGAGGUUGUCAAGCAGUACGCCAAGUACGUGGACAUCACCGACCGGGUCCGAUCGGGGUACUUCGCCGACGAGCGACCGGAGCACGCCAGGUCGCCGUCGCCCCCGCCCCAGUACGACAAGUACGGCGUCAGGACCAACACCCGGGAGCUGCGGAUCAAGGCCAAGCUCGAGGACGAGAGGUCCGAGCUGAUCGGGUGGCUGGUGGCGCGGUGCCCGCACAUGUUUCGACCGCCGCAGGAUUGGAAACCCAAGAAGAGGACCCGGAAGCUGUACGUGCCCCUGAAGGAGUACCCGGGGUACAACUUCAUAGGCAUCAUCAUCGGCCCGCGCGGGAACACGCAGAAGCGCAUGCAGCGGGAGACGAACACGCGGAUCGCCAUCCGCGGCAAGGGCAGCGUGAAGGACGGCGUGUCCAGGGAACCCGGAGCGGAUUACCAGGAGGACGAGGACCUGCACGUGUUGAUCACCGGGGACACGGAGGAGGAGGUGGAUCGAGCCGCGGCGAUGGUGCAGACGCUGCUCAAGCCCGUGGACGACGACUACAACGAGCACAAGCGCGCGCAGCUCCGGGAGCUGGCGCUCAUCAACGGAACCCUUCGCAACCCGGGGGGCGACGGCGCCACCGCGGCUGGCAUGGCGCUGGCGGAAUUGGACAAGACGGGCGCCGGGUACAGGGCUCCGGCGGAGCUGGUGACGUGCAAGAUUUGCGGCGACGGCGGGCAUCCCACGUCGGAUUGCCCUUUCAAGAACGACCCCGCCGCCGCGGCGGGUGCGCACAAGCAGCUCACCUCCGAGUACCAGUCGUUUCUCAGCGAGCUGGGCGUCGGCGACCCGGGGGGUUUGGGCCCUCGACCGGGCCUCGGCGCGGGCGGCGGUGGCGGCGGCGGGCGCGACAGGAACGAGAUCAACCCGUGCAAGCUCUUCGUCGGUGCGUUGGCGGAUCACGUCACCGACGAGAUGCUCGGCGGGCUCUUCGAACGCUUCGGGGAGGUGCGCCGCGCACAGGCUGUGCGGCACACGCACGACGGCAGCGCGAGGGGGUUCGGCUUUGUCGAGUUCGCCUCGGAGGAUCAGGCGGCGGCGGCGAAAGUGGCGUUACACAGGACCCCGUUCGAGGGUAAGACGAUCGUGGUGAAGGUCGCGGGGGACCGGAGCAGGGACCCGGAUGGCCCGCCGCCACGAGGAGCGGGACAGCCGGGAAUGGGCGGACCGAUGGGCGCGCCGCCGGGACCGCCGGGGAUGGGCGGCUUCGGGAUGCACCCCGCGCCGCCGCCGCCGCCGCCGGGGAUGGGCGGCUACGGGAUGCAGCCGCCGGGUCCGCCGGGGAUGGGCGCGUACGGGAUGCAGCCGCCGGGUCCGCCGGGGAUGGGCGCGUACCCUCCGCCGCCGCCGCCGCCCGCCGCCGCGACGGGCGCGCCCCCGCCGCCCCCGCCGCCCGCCUACGGAGACGCGCCGCCCCCGCCGCCGCCGCCGCCCGCCUACGGGGACGCGCCGCCCCCGCCGCCGCCGCCGCCCGCCUACGGGGACGUGCCCCCGCCGCCGCCGCCCGGGUACGGAGACGCGCCGCCGCCGCCGCCGCCGCCCGGGGGGGGCUUUGUCGAUCCCUAUUACCAGCAGCAGCAGAUGGGAGGGUACGUUCAGAUGGGAGGGUACGGGGGGUACCAGGCGCCGCCGCCGCCGCCACCGGGGAUGGGAGGCGUUCCGCCGCCUCCACCGCCGAUGGGCGCUCAGCCGCCUCCGCCGCCGCCGCCGCCCGUGGACCCCACCGAGGAGGCGUACAAAAACUUCAUGGCUGAUAUGGAGCACUAA